GCGGAGCCGGGCACGACCAUGGCGGGCCGGGGCCGGGCGCUGCUGCCGCUGCUCGCCCUGGCGCUGGCGCUGCUCGCCCUGGCGCAGCCCGCCCGGGCGCCGGACCCGUAUGGAGAAGAGUGCAGGAGUAAAAUGUACCCUCCUUCAGGACCAACGUUCAAAGGGAAUAUACCCACAUAUGUCAUAAAUCUUGACUUACCUCCCAGCAAAAGGUGGGAUGACUUGAUGCGUGACAAAAAGACAGAGCUGAAGACUGUGGUCCAGAAUAUUAAAGAUAUAGCAAAUACCUUCUUCCCCAGUGGCAAAGUUGUUGACAUAGUGGAUAACAAAAUAGCUCAUCUGACUGCCACGCUUCCUUAUCCUUUCAAUGAAGAACUCCAAGGGAUUGCAAAUUCAUCUGGGAUUCCUUUGGGGGAAAUCGUUAUUUUUAACAUUUUUUAUGAAAUUUUUACUGUAUGUACAUCAAUAGUGGCAGAAGAUAAAACAGGGAAACUGUACCAUGCCAGGAACUUGGAUUUUGGACUGUUCCUAGGGUGGGAUGUUAAAAAUAAUUCCUGGACGUUAACCCAGGAACUGAAGCCUUUGGUGGUACUCUUGGACUUUCAGAGAAACAACAAAACAGUGUUCAAGUCCACAAAUUUUGCAGGAUACAUAGGCAUGGUGUCUGGAGUCAAACCAAACUUGUUCACUCUGACAAUGAAUGAGCGUUUCAGUCUUGAUGGUGGUUAUGUGGGAAUCUUCGAAUGGUUUCUUGGUAGAAGAGAUGGUAUGUGGAUGGGCUUUCUUACAAGAACAGUAUUAGAGAAUGCUACAAGUUACCAAGAUGCAAAAGACAGACUGGCAAAAACAAGACUGCUGGCUCCAGCUUACUUUAUUCUGGGAGGAAAAAAUUCUGGAGAAGGGUGUGUGAUAACUCGAUCCAGGACAGCUGCUCUGGAUAUCUGGGACCUUGAUAUCAAGAAGGGCACGUGGUACGUGUUAGAAACAAACUACGAUCGCUGGAAGCCUCCACUGGUACUGGAUAAUCGUAGAGGACCUGCAAUGAAAUGCCUGAACCAGACAACACAAGAGAAUCUCUCCCUACCAGCAAUUUAUGAUGUUCUCUCCACAAAGCCUGUCCUCAAUAAGCUGACUGUGUGCACAACGCUGAUGGAGGUGUAUAAUGGCCAUACAGAGACUUACCUGCGGGAAUGCCCAGAUCCCUGCAGUCCUUGGUAGCCCUGUACCUCUCCUGUGUUGGAAGCUGCUUGUCCAGAUUGGCUGUCCUCCACAAAAAAUGCUUCUGGAAAGAGAUUACUCAGUCUAACUCCUUUCUUCAGAAAUCUAAUGGCUAUAUAGAAAUGGCAAAGUGCUUCUAACAAUGAAGGACCCUAUCUCACAGCAGACUUCCUUGCUUUGUAACCAGCAGUUCUGCUGACAAGAAAUGUGUCCUCAUGAGUGUCUGGUGUGAUUUCAGCCAUUUCUGCCAAAUGAGUUCAGCAGUUAGUUCUAGAUCUCUUCAGUCUUGGCAGUAUUCUUGGUUUGUUCUUGGUUAUGGGUUUGUUAAUUUUUGUUUUUUGGUUUGGUUUAUUUAGAUUAAAAUCCUUCUAAAGAACACAAAUUAUAAUGGCACCUACCAAAUAUCAAAAAGAAUUGAAUAUAAGAAGACCAUCUGGGACAAUACAAUUAUGUUAUCCGUUCAUAAGCACUUAAGAUUAAUUGCUGUUGUUCUGGUAUAAUAUGAGGAUAUGUCUGAUAUGCCCUUUUAUAAAAUAACUUACCAAGUGUCAUAUUUAAUCACAGAAGCAAGGUCUUGGGGAAAUAUCUAAAAGAAGAUCUGAGCCAAGAAUGUCUUGCCACUGAUUUAUAGCUCUUUUGCUGAAGCUCUUUCUUGGCCUGUUAACAAAUUACCUGUUUUUUAAUACAGGUUUUUCUGUUGUCUCAAAAAAGUACAAUAAAGAAAAACUGCUUUCUGUGACCAAAGUACACACAUACUCAUUUCAUACUUCAGUGUAAGACAUCAUGCAUGAUAGAUACCACACAGCAUAAACUACUUUCAUUUCUAAAUAGACUGAUUUUAACAGCACCUGAAAAAGUGAUUUCCUCUGAUUUUUUAAACUGGUAGUUAAAGCUAUUGUCAUAAUAGGGUAGUUGGGUUGUUUUGGGAGGAUUUUGGUUGGUUGGUUUUUUUGAAAGUGGGGAAAGGAAGUCAAGUCAGAUUACACCAUUGUCUGGAAUUCAAGUUAAGAAAGAAAGGCCCUUUAGAGAGAAGUAGUAGCAGCCUAAUAUCCUAGGAAGCAGAUAAUAUAGGAGGCAGUAGUUUCAUCUGUGCCACUGGCUGCAUUGCUGGGAGUAGCUUACAGUUCCAGCUCUUGUGUUUUCUAACACACAAAGAGAAGACACUAGAGAGUGAGCUUAGGGGCUGGUAUUUAUAGUGGUUCCCUUGUAAUCUUUUCUUAACCUCCCUAGGAAAGAAGUGCUAUUCAUAUUCCCAUUAUGCCAGGAAUUCAAAGUUGGCAGUAGUGUAAGGGAAGUGUUGGUCUCUCUUUGGUGUCUGCAGAGACACUAUUGCAAAGGCCAUUCCAAUUAAAACCCGCCUGUUCAUGGCAUCCAGUCACAGUGGGACUCUUGAUAGCCAGGACAUGCAGAACAGUAUUAGUGUAAUGCAGAAGUUGAGAACACAGUAUACUGCAGCUUCCUGUUCCAAACACUUAAGGAUAUUAAAAGAUUUUUUUCCCCAUAAUUAGAAAUUUAACACUAAGAAGUCUACAGAAGGGGAAUCAAGUGAUUGCCCAAAAUAAUUUCUUCAGGGAAGUGGUGGAUUCCCUAACACUGGACACUUAGCUGCACAGUGUGCUGGGCCUUCUUGUCUAGACUGGGCUUUUGCCAAAAAGAUUGGACCAGAUGAUCCUUGAGAUUCCUUUCAGCUCAGGGUUUUAUGGUUAAAAGAUAACCUUUAAUCAUCCCUUGUUUCAGUAGCCAGGUUACCAUUUUACUGCAAACUUGUUUUUUAUUAGGGGCUCUCCUCCCAACAGCCUUGGAAGAAGUGGGAACAACAGGAAUGCUGUUUACCAAAUAACUUUAGCAGCUGAUGAAGAAACACAGCUUCUGGUUUCAGGAAAAUGACACACUGAUAUUCUAGGCCUUAGAACAAUGCCUGUAGUAGCACAGCAAGAACCAACUCAGGGGAGAUACAACACUGACAAACUGAGAGCACACAGAAAUCAACAUCCCACUAUGUAAACUGAUGUUAAACAAGGGCCAGUCUAGUACAUCUAAUUUCUUUUUUACCUGAAGUAUGCAAGCAGAAGUGUGUUAGCAUGAUGGUACUACCAGGGUCCAUUUUUAAUCUCAGCUAUGAAUACUGAACCUAUGUAAAUCAAAUAUAGCAACACAAUUUAAAUUAGUGAAAAAGCAUGUGUGAAAUUCAGCUCCUGGGCCAUUUGAUUCAUAGAAGACAGUUAAACAAAGUCAGAUGUUGCAGUCUGUACUGUGAAGAGCCCAUCAUAUAUUUCUGAGUGCACACCUCAGCCUGGAAGGGGGUUGUUCGGAUUUAUGUGGAAUCAAGUUGUGUAACAGUCAUAAUCAAAUUACCUUGUAAUUUAAAAAUAAGUUUACUUGCUUAGUUAGCCUCAUCCCACUUUAGCAUAUGUAGAACAAGGCAGUGUAGACUAUUUACAGUUAUUAAGUAAUGAGCUUUUGGUAUGUCCCUUGUGCAAGACAGUCCACAUUUCCACACUUGAAAUUGCUUUACAAUUGCAAAAGGACAGCUAAAUUCCAUGGACGUCUGUCCAGAGCCUGAAUGCCUAUGCUGUUGUUUACUAAAAUAAACAAAGUUAUUUAAAAACAAAA